AUGCUCUCCACAAAACCGCCUCCCGGGAGCCGGGAUCAUCUUGCAGAAGCGGUUCUUCCUUUGCACGAAGUAGGCACAUCGUCCCGGGAGCGGGGAGCCGCGGCCCGGCGCCGGCUGCUGCGCCGCCAUGUCCGUCCCAGCAUCCCCUGCGGGCGCCGCCUCGGCUCCAUCUUGAGGCCCCUCCUCCGCGGGAGCCGGGCGCCAAACUCGAAGCGCAAGAUGGCGGUGGAGAGCCUGUUCAACCGGCCGGUCUGUGUGCAGCUGCGCUGCCAGGGCUGCGAGGAGAGGAGGCUAAAUGUUCGAGUGAAUAUCGAGCUGCUGUCAAUUUCAAAUCCUGUCCAUAAAAAGGAUUUAGCUGUUAGAUUGACUGAUGAUACUGAUCCUUUUUUCCUUUAUAACCUUGUCAUAUCUGAGGAAGACUUUCAAAGUUUAAAAUCCCAGCAAGGUCUCUUGGUAGACUUCUCUGCUUUCCCACAAAAAUUCAUAGAUCUGCUUCAGCAAUGCAUUCAGGAGCAGAGCAAAGAUAUGCCAAGGUUUUUGCUGCAGUUGGUUUCUUCAGCAUCUGUCCUAGAUCACACACCUGUCUGUCUGAAUAUAGUGGAAACCAACCCUUUUAAACAUCUCACCCAUCUCUCUCUCAAAUUCCUACCAGGAAAUGACACAGAAAUAAAGAAGUUUUUAGCCAGCUGUUUGAAAUGCCUUAAGGAAGACAAAACCCUCUUGGAAGAAAAACUUAGAAAGACUGAGGAGGAUCUUACCAGACAACUUAGCUACACUCAACAGAACUUGUCUGAGAAGAGCCGAGAAUUAGACAAACUGAAGAAUGAAUGGACCUCGUACACUGCAGCUCUGACAAACAAACACACGCAGGAGAUGACAAAUGAAAAAGAGAGAGCUCUCCAGGCACAAGCUCAGUACCAACAGCAGCACGAACAACAGAAAAAGGAGCUGGAAAGUUUGCACCAGAAAAGUAUUCAGCAGCUGCAGAACAGGCUUUCAGAACUCGAGGUCAUCAAUAAAGAUCUGACAGAAAGGAGAUACAAAGGAGACUCCACAGUCAGAGAACUGAAAGCAAAGCUUUCUGGAGUAGAAGAUGAAUGCCAAAGAGCAAAGCAGGAGGUGAUGUCCCUGCGUCGGGAGAACACCACUCUGGAUGCUGAAUGCCACGAGAAGGAGAAGCUCAUUAAUCAGUUACAGACACGGGUUGCUGUCCUGGAACAGGAGAUCAAGGAUAAAGAUCAGCUCGUGGUCAGAACCAAAGAAGUCUUAGAUGCCACCCAAGAACAAAAGGCAAUACUGGAAGAGAGCACUGAGAAAAAACGAAGUCACGUUGAGAAGCUGGAGUCAACAAUUAAGUCACUGUCAGCUGAACUUCUCAAGGCUAAUGAAAUUAUCAAGAAGUUACAAGGAGACUUGAAGACUCUCAUGGGUAAACUGAAGUUGAAAAAUACAGUAACAAUCCAGCAGGAGAAACUAUUGGCAGAGAAGGAGGAGAGACUUCAGAAAGAGCAGAGGGAAUUGCAGGAGCUGGGCCAAUCUCUUCGAGUGAAAGAGCAGGAGGUUUGCAAGCUGCAGGAACAGCUUGAAACUACACUGCAAAAACUGGAAGAAAGUAAGCAGCUGCUGAAAACCAAUGAAAAUGUAAUCACAUGGCUAAACAAACAGAUGAAUGAAAUUCAGAUGGCUAAGAAGCUGGAGACUCCUGGUGGCGCUCAUGGCGGUGUUAGGACUGGCAUUUCGCCUCAUGCCAUGCCUGACCGACCAUACUUUCCCAGCUCAGGAAUCAGUCACCACACUUCUUCUCCAUACUCCUUCCAGAGCCUUCCAGAACCAGUGCACAACAGAAACAUCACUUCACAAUGUGCAGUACCAAAGAUUCAGCUUUCCAGGAUGAAUCGAGGUCCAGAUGGCCAGACAGUGACUGCAACUGGCCAUCCAGCAAACAAGGAGAAUGGUGGCAAUUUGGGGCUGGAAUCAAAGUAUCUGAAGAAAAAAGAUGACAGCAUUCCUUUACGAGGGCUCAGCCAGAAUACACUUAGCUCAGAGUACCUGAAACCCUACCUAGCAACAAAAGCCCAACCAUCACCCAAAGCUGCAGGAACACCUGCCUCAGCUUAUUUUCCUGGAUAGCAGACAGGGCUCUUCAAGGAAGAGUCUUGUUUUAACCAUUUGGGGGAUUUUUGGAUGUCUUUUAAUGUAUUAGUAAAGUAUUGAUGUGAACUGACAUAAUCUUGUAAGUCUGAAUCUGGUUGAGAGAGAGUGUAUCUUGACUUUCCAGGAUGGAGGAACAGAAAGAAGAUAAACUCUUAAGCAGCCCCAGCCUUAGUGGGAACACCACUGUAGUUGUCACGGGGGCUGUGUAGACUUUUCUCUUGGCACACCAGAGACCCUGUAGUCUUCCUAAAAGCCCACCCAAGGGCCCUGGCUUUGUUACAGGAAUUGAGAAGCGUGGCUCUGUAACAGAUGAAAUGUACACCCUAGCAUCCCUGAGAGACACCCCAUUUCUCUGGGAUCAGCUCUCCUGACUCCUUUCAGAGAAAGGAUGAUGCAAACAAAGUGCUGCAGAACAGGGACAUACCAUUGAUCUUAAGUGAUCAAGCUCCUGGCUCAGCAUGACUUCAUGUCUCACUACUCCUUCACCAUUUUCAACUUAAAAACUUGAUUCAUUUUGAAACCAGCUGAUUUGGA